AUGCCAUCAGAAAUUGCUGUGAUGUCCAACCUCAUGUGGCUCAGUAUGGAAGGCUGUCAAUACUCCGGCACAAUACCCUCAGAGAUUGGGCAACUGCGACAGCUGGAAUGGUUGAGUUUAACCAACAACAAGUUUUCCGGAUGGCUUCCUAGUGAACUGGGAACACUAUCAAAUCUACUGAUUUUUUCCUUGUCAAGAAGCUUGUAUUCUGGAACCAUCCCCACAGAGCUGGGUUUGCUGACAUCCAUGAAAGUUCUCAAUGUGAAUGGCAAUCAACUCACUGGAUUCAUCCCCAGUGAGUUUGGGCUCCUACAAGCCAACACUAAACAGCUGGAUCUGGUUAUGAGCAGCAACCUUCUCUACGGAUCCAUCCCUUCAGAACUAGGGCUGAUCACCAUUCUCAAAGAUCUGCAGCUAUUUGGCAAUCAACUCACUGGCAACAUCCCCAGUGAAUUGGCCCUUUUGACUGCGAUUGACAAACUAAGACUCCACAACAACUCCCUGUCAGGAACAAUUCCUCAUGAGCUCUCACUAUUGGAUGAUACUCUCUUCAUUCUCCGACUAGAAGGCAAUCCAGAGCUCUCUGGGAUUGUACCUGAGGCUCUUUGCCAUUUGAAUGGUACUUGUAUUCGCAAUAGCUUGCAUCCCUGCAAUGCAGACACCAAGGAAGCAAUCUUUGAUUGUACCUCCUUGCUUUGUGGCUGUAAUUGCUCCUGUGAGGGUGGGAGCAACCACUAG